GCGCCCGCCUUCGACUGGAACACCAAACAGCUGUUCCUCUAUAUGACCGCUCACUACAAGACCAAAGCCAAUGUCCUCAACCAAGUGGUGCUCUGGGAUCACAUCAUACAGAGGGGUGAGCCCACUCGACUGUCCCUCAAGAACCAACACACGAAGUACUACUUCUGGGACGACGGCAAUGGCCUCAAAGCCAACGACAACAUCACACUCACGCUCUCCAUGAAUGUGAUCCCCAACGCGGGACUGCUGCCCAUAUCGACCGUCCCGUCCAUCCAUUCCUUCUCCUUUCCCAACGAAUACAUCACUAAAAACGCGUGA